CCGCCGCACUCGGGUCGCGGGCUCCGCGCGCACCAGGAUCCGGGCUCCGCGCGCUGGCGCCGGGGCCGCGGGGAGGACCUCUGGAGGCUCCGGGAGCCCGGGCGGGCAACGGGCGGCGGCGGCGGCUUCCAGGCACGGCGGUGCUGAGGACUGAAGUUCUCCUGGCCCAUCAAAGUGCCCCGAGUCCCGUGCUGGGGUGGGUGGUGGUGGGCCUGGUGAGAUAACUGGGGGGAGAGGCCCACGAUUGAUGAGUCUGCCUCGGGGCUGCUGGAAAGGGGACGCCGAGGGCCAACAUGGGUCAGAAGGUCACCGGAGGGAUCAAGACCGUGGACAUGAGGGACCCCACAUACCAGCCCUUGAAGCAGGACCUGCAGGGGCUGGACUACUGCAAGCCAUCUCGGCUGGACCUGCUACUAGACAUGCCACCUGUGUCCUACGACGUGCAACUGCGCCACUCCUGGAACAACAAUGACCGCUCCCUCAAUGUCUUCGUAAAAGACAAUGACAAACUCAUCUUCCACCGGCACCCCGUGGCCCAGAGCACAGACGCCAUCCGGGGCAAGGUGGGCUACACGCGUGGGCUCCAUGUGUGGCAGAUAACGUGGUCCAUGAGACAACGGGGCACACACGCCGUGGUGGGGGUGGCCACAGCUGACGCGCCCCUGCAUUCUGUUGGCUACACGACCCUCGUGGGCAACAACCACGAGUCCUGGGGCUGGGACUUGGGGCGCAACCGGCUCUACCACGAUGGCAAAAACCAGCCAAGCAAAACGUACCCUGCCUUCCUGGAGCCGGAGGAGACAUUCAUCGUGCCUGACUCCUUCCUGGUGGCCCUGGACAUGGACGAUGGGACCCUGAGCUUCAUCGUGGAUGGACAGUAUAUGGGAGUGGCCUUCCGGGGACUCAAAGGCAAAAAACUGUACCCCGUCGUGAGCGCGGUCUGGGGCCACUGUGAGAUCCGGAUGCGCUACCUGAAUGGGCUUGACCCCGAGCCGCUGCCACUCAUGGAUCUGUGCCGCCGCUCCGUGCGCCUGGCCCUGGGGAAGGAGCGGGCUUCGGCCAUCCAGGCACUGCCGCUGCCUGCCCCGCUCAAGGCCUACCUCCUGUACCAGUGACACCCGGAGAAGCAACGUGGCCACCCCUGCUGGACUCGGACACAGACGCCCCCACCCACAGCAGCAGGAACCCACCUGCAUGCCCAAUUCUCCCAGCCCGCCUCCCCCGGCUCCCCAGGAAGCUUGACUUGGGGGGGCCCCCACAA